UAUACCAGUUUUCACAACUUGUUCCAAUUUCUGUUCAAUGUGUUUUGGUGGAGCCAAGGUAGGCACUCCAAGAAUUUGUCAUGACAGGCUCAGGAGAAUCUAGUGGGAUGCUAAAACCAGGAGAAGUGAUCAAGCCAUAUGUUGCUGAUAAGGAAGUGCCUUCUUUAGUGAAGAAAACUUUUGGUCUUGAUGUGAUAUCAUUCACAAAGUUCAAUGCCUACGAUGAUCUAAAUUUUCAUAUUAAGGUAAAGGAGACCAGCAAUAAUGAGUACAUAACAUCACCAAGCAGUGAUGGAUAUGUCUUCAAAAUUAUUAACUCAAAGGACUCAAAGCUAACUUCAUUGUUGGAAGGCCAGAACAACUUCAUGCUCCACCUGAACUCAAAAAACUAUUGCUGUCCACUACCCCUGAAAUCUUUGAGUGGAAAAUACCUGGCAGAGGUGGAGCUUCCUUCAGAUCCUAAUGCUAAUGCUGUCCAGAAGCAUGCAGUGAAACUACUGACCUUCAUCCCAGGCCAGACUUUAGCAUCUGUUCCUCUAACUCCUCAACUCUGCUCAGAAGCUGGGGCUUAUUUGGCCAAUAUGCAUCAUGAUCUUGAAGGUUUUCAAGAUGAGGCCAUUUCUGCACGUCGUUUUAUUUGGAUGAUGUCAGAGACUCCGCAGGUCCGUGCAUUUGUCCAUGCCAUCACCAACUCGGAGAACCGGGACCUUGUCACUUCUGCCCUUAAUGCGUGGGAGAGCCAAGUCUUGCCUGUCAUUGGAAACCUCCCUAAAGGUAUUGUACACGGGGACUUCAAUGAGCAAAACAUCCUCGUGAAGCCUUCCCCUGACACGAGACAUGAACCUCAUCCCACUUACACAGUCCUAGGCUGCAUUGACUUCGGUGACGUGAGCUCAAGCUGCUACGUGUUCGACUUGUCGGUGCUGGUGAUGUCGCUGCUGACGGUGGACAACAACGACGCCGUGGCCGCCUCCUGUAUCGCCGGAUACAACGCCACGCGCCCUCUCAGCCACCUUGAGUGGCAGGUGCUCUAUGAGUGCGUGUGUGGACGGCUGUGCACGUCGCUGACGAUAGGGGCGUACAGCUUGAGCCAGGACCCCGGCAACACCUACCUGCUCACAAGCGCCCGCCUGGGCUGGGGCGCGCUACGCAGGCUGCGCGACGCCGGCAAGACGGCCACCCUCGCUGCCUGGGGCUAUCAUGGGGAGGAACGUUAGCCUAGGGCAGGGGGAGCUGGUGGAGGAUGUCAGGGGGAGCUGUUAGUUAGCAAGGUCUUGAUUAAGGUAACGAUGCUGACAGGGAAUUUAUGAGAGGAGAAGUUUUGGAGGGAAACGUUGAUGAAGGGGAACCAAUGACAGAGGAGAGAUGCCUGAGGGGAACCUUCAACCGUCUACCGCCUGACAUGAGUAACCGGAGCAAUAUUGUCACAAGCC